CUUCAAAAAGAGAUAACAAUGGGUCCUAAACUGCGGGCUAUAGCGCCUAAGAGGAAGAAGGUUGAGAGUUCAAGUGAUAGCUCUGAUGAUGAAAUUCUUAAUGCCAAGGAUCUUCAAUUUGUUCUGGAAAAGGAUGAGAGUUCUUCAGAUGCAGAUCCAGACGAACCAGAUUCAAUCGUCCAAAUUAAAAACGUCAGGAACUUUGAUACACCACCUGCUUCAGCUCUAACCGAUGUAAUAAAGACCGGUCACAAAUGUGUCAUGUCUGGGGUUGCGGAGAUACACGGAGCCUCCUCAAGUCAAAAUUGUACUGCGCGGAAACCGAUGAUAAUGCCAAUCAAGGAAAUUGUGUCACACUAUUAUCUGCACUACAAGGAGAGGGGUAUAUGGGAUGAAGUAGUUCCAGUUCCAACCCAAGACCAGUUCUCAAAAAUAGAUUCAUACCAGUGCAAACUGUGUGACCAAAAGUUCAGAAGUCGCGUAGUAAAUGAUCCAGCUCCAGCUCGAUCCAGUUUUCUCUAUCAUUUUGCAACGUUUCACGGGAAGAUAAUUGAUGCAAUGCAGCAGGAUACUGAAGUAGACAUGAAGGAUGUUCUUGAACUGCUGAAAACCUUCAAUCCAGAUAUCAGGAAAUUUAUUAUUGAUGGAACAGAAACUACCCAUGAUGAUUCUCCUUGUCAUGUCAGGGAAUCCUUUGAUUGGAAAGUAAAGCUCCAGGUCUCCAACAGUGUUCCGUUGUCACGAUCCAAUAAUCCUCUAGCCUGCCCUAAACAGAAUCUUCCUACUUGUAAAGAUCUAGAUCGGAACAAGGAUAUUAACACUCUGAAGCUUCAUCUGUUCUAUCACUACCUAGACUACUGGAAGGACUCUGUACCUGUCUGUAUAAGCUCAGAGGUGAAGUGUGGUGACUGCAACAAGAGAGUUACUGCUGAGACUGCAGAAGCCUGCCGAACCUCCAUGAUAUGCCACCGGGCAAUAAUCCAUGGUGAGCUAAAGAUGGCAAUAGAGGAGGAUGACGAGGAGUUUAACCAAGAACUCUUCCAAUACCUCUUCAAUCCCAAACAAAACCAACCCCCUAAAGUUAUGUUCUCUAAGGGGGUUCAACCGUUGCAAUCCAGUAAUCUCAACUCCGGGGCCGCCAACCGUGCUCCUGACUCUAAUCCUGUUCCCUCCAAACCAGAUAAACUAAAACCUGAACCAAAACCUAAACCUAAACCAGGAAAGAAAUCCUCUAACCCUAGGACAGGCAGGAAAUCUCCACAUCAGGUUCCGGUAAACGAAGAUUCUGAGUUGCGAAAGAAGAAAUCUGGUAGAACGGCUGGAACAGUACGGAAGAUUAGGAAGAAGGGACCUACAGAUAUUUUAGAUUCUGAUCUGAGCUCAGAUGAAGAGGUUCUUAUUCCUACCCAGCCUUAUGCAAGGAAACGAAUUAAGCAGAAUUUGUCUAAUAUUGAUUUCGACGAGGAUUCAGACCAGGACGACGACUGGGAAAAGAAGAAGAAGCUCGUUGCCGCGUCCAAGAUUUUGCCGCGUUCCCUUCCAAAGCGCCGCGUGAGGCCAAACAAAUCAUUCGCGGGAAACCCCGACGAAUCGGAUGAAAUCGAUCUCUAAGAAUGAUCUUCCAUUAUUUAUCGCACAUGAGUGGACCAUGUAGAUAAUAUCCAGUAUCCACUGUCAAUACACAUUACACAUGUGACUACUCUUCGAAAAUUCUACAUUUAUAUUUAAAAAUUUACCUUGUCAGUCUGUUUGUAUCUAAUAAACGACAAAACGGCUGAACCGAUCAGGUCCAAAUUUUGUGUGUGACCUCACGUAACCCCAGGGUUCGGUUUAUGAAUUAUUAAUAUUUUAAAAAUUUGUGUUUUUAAAGUUUUUUAUUUUUGUAAAAUUCGAAAAAAUAUCAAGAAAUUCGGAAUUUUUUUUCAUUUUUGUUUUAUACUAUACAAAGAGAAGAUCCUCACUCUUCAGAUAUAAAGCCACAAUUUAAAGUUCAAAUGUAAGAUGGGCGCGAAGCGCCCUAAAAGCCUAGUACAUUUAAAUUAUCGAAACGCAGAUAGUUAAAAGAUACAGGGUUACCCAGAAAACACAAGUCUCAGAAAAGUCUGUACAGAGUUAGCUUGUAUUUAUUUCCAAUAAUCAAAAUUGCCUGUAGCGUUCAACUUGAUUACUUCUUUUCCAAAUGAUUUUGUAUUCUAGUAAAAGCCAAUAUUUCCGUAAGAAACAUUUAGAUCAUAAUAUUUAUCUCGUUUCAUCAAGGUCUCAUCCUUAUUAGGUUUCCCUGUAAUAAUGUAUUUUGUAUAAUGCAUAUACCAUUAACCGGUGAAGAUCUAGAUAUUUAUUUACGUAUCGAGGUUACUAUAGUUUACAAGAUUGUUAAUAUGGAUUUAACACAAAACUUUUUUGCGAUGUUAUCGUAUACAUACAAUUAUAAAUUGAUACGGUUAAAAUCUAGAAUUUUACAGAUACAUUUUUUUAAAAGUUUUUUCAUGUUUGGGGUUCUAGUAAAUUUAUAUUUAAGUAUUGACAAAGCAACAGUUCAAGAGAAAAAACUUUAUUAUAUAUUAAAGGAUAGCAUACUUUUGUGAAAUAUGACUGGGGGAGACUACAAACACAGUGUGUGUUAUCUCUUAUUGAAAAAUGCUAUAAUUAGUGUGCAUGCUUUCACAUAAACAUACACGGGAAAGAACAUUAUUGUUAGCUUCAUAACGUGGAACAUUGACCGUUCCUCGUUUGAAAUGAGGUUAAAAACAAUCUAAGUUUAAGACAUCGGCAUAAUGAUUUAGAGAUAUGAACAAUAUUUUGUGUUAUCUCUUGUUAUAAAAUGCCACAGAUAACUUGUGCAUGUUUUAACACAAACAUGCUGGGGAGCUAGUUUUCAUAUUUAAUAGCAAGGAACAUUAACGGUUCCUUGUUAAAAUUUUGGAAAUAUCUAAAAUAGGAUAGUGGAAAACUCGGAUCAUCGUAUCUUGUGAGAUCAUGGUUCCUCUGGUUGUUGCGAUGAAGUUUGUCUCCGUUAACCACGAAAUCGGGAGGCUUAUCCGUUAUGCUCGUACUGAAAAGACCUAUUAGUUUAUUUAAAAUCUUCGGUAGUUCUUACAUUGAACUCAAAACAUGUCAAUUUUUAAAACAUAGAAUCUCUACUUAGAGACGUAUUGAGAAAAGCAUUUAUAUAAGGGUGUUUAUAAAAGAAAAAAUUUCAUAUUGGAUAAAUAGGAAAUUUUGAGAAACAUAGAAGACUCAUUUUUGCGGAAUUCUUUUCACUUUUUUCAUUUUUGGAUGCAAACAAGCUCGAUUCCUGAAUUCACUAAUAUUACUAACAGUUUUAAAAAAUUAUUUCUUACGCUUUCAGCCAUUUUAAGUAAAUUGGUUGGUAUUUUCCGAAAAAGAAUUAUCGUAGAAUUGUUGCUGUUCGAAAAACAAAAUAUUUUUACAAAAGCAAAAUAUGGAUUGUUCGGUCGGGGAAGAGGGGGUUAUUUUGUAUUUUAAUAAGUAUCGAAUCCAGUAAAAAUUAUUGAAGUUUGUAAUUGUUUAUAUGUUGUUCCCCUUUAUUAUAUUUAUUUAUAUUAGUCUUACGCCUACGCAUGGUCUCCGUUCUUAAGACUGAUAAAAGAUAUUGUUCAUGUACAAACUUCUAAAUGAUAGUAGUUAAAAUGUGUUAAAUGACAUCUGCAAUAAAUAAAAGAUUUUGUUGAA